AUGGCUUUGACCUCAAAGACUGACAUAAACACACAGAUGUCUACCUUCACCGAACGCGAACAGAAGCUCAUGGCCGCUGCUUGUCAGUCCUUCGAGGGCGAGCCCAAGCUCGACAUGGACAAGUUUGCCCAACGCGCUGGCCUCACUGUCGGCUCUGCCCGCAACGCCUGGGCCGCUCUCAAGAAGAAGAUGAACGCUCAGGACGACACCGUCAUCAAGGGCUCUGCUACCGCAAAGACCCCUGGUACCAAGUCGGCCAAGAAACGCCCUCCUCCCGUCGUCCUGCCUGCCAAUGACAAUGGCUCCGAUGACGAGGAAGUCCCCACUCCCUCCAAGAAGCCCAAGACCCCCGCUACCAAGGGCAAGGGCAAAGGAAAGGUUACCAAGUCCGAGGAUGAUGAUGAUGAUGACUUUGUCAAGGUCAAGAAGGAGGUUGCCAACGAGGACUUCGAGGAGGUCUGA